GUAAAUAAGCGACCAGUAUAGUUCAACGUUUAUUUCCUCUCUGCGUUGUUUCUUCUUCCUUGGGAUCCAAUCGAAAGAGAUGGGUAUCAUAAGGACCGCCUUCUCUGUCAUGGCGGGGACGCUUUUUGGUGUCUACCUUGCUCAGAAUUAUAAUGUUCCUAACAUCGGAAAGCUCGCAAACACCGGCUUUGUUAUAGCCAAGCACGUUGAAGAAAACUACCGCAAACCCAGAGCUAGCACCAGAAUAGAUGACGACGACGGCGGCGCUUCUAAAUAAGAACAUGUUAUAAGACCAAUAGAUAGGGAAAGGGAAAGGGAAACUGUAAUUCUUGUUUGAAGAUUUCUGGGUUUAUUGAUUCUUUUUCGAAUGUAAUAUUUACCCUUCACUGGGUUAUUGGAGUAGAACAGUUGAUUAUCUUUUUUUGUUA